CUAACCCAGCCCAGGUGGAGGGAGGGAAGAGAGGUUGCAGUCUGGCAGACGGGAAGGGUUAUCAGCCAAUCAGCUGAACCUGAAGCCGAACGGCGGCUCAAAGCGUUACUGAGCAGGCGCAAACCCAACCCCAGGUAGAGCUCAUCUGCAUAGGGAGGCGGGGUUUGAAGGAAAGAGGUGGAGCACUAGCAGGGACCCAGACAAGUAGCACCACCCCCCUCAACUCGCUCAAACCACGGGCGAAACGGCUGGCGUCGGGACUGAGUGAUUGGGUAAGGGCCGCCCGUCCUUCUGCCAGGAUUGGUCCAACGAUUCUUUUCGAAGUUUGCAGUAUCCAAUUGGAAAAUGGGGGGCGGAGCCAGCACUAACCGAGGGGUUCCUCCGCGAGACGCUCACGCAAUGUAGUCCCUGCGGAUACAGGUUAGGCGCCGGUGUCUCUCGUCGAUGCGUCACCCACGGCUAGUGGUGGCUUCUCUCCAGCUCACGAAGCCACUCUUGGUCCUGGGACGGCGAGGAAGAGGCCUGGCAGAUCGAGAUGGAUACCAACUCAAAAGACAGCGACCCUCUUGAAAUCAACGAGUCUGCUAUUCCUGGUGCUGAAAGUACCUCUUUAAUUUUGGGAAAUGGGAAGCUUGUAACUCCUCACAAGCAUGCGCCUGAAGGGACUCCUAAUGGUUGCACACCAGAUACUUUUAAGUCACCCUUGGACUUUUCCACAGUAACAGUAGAGCAACUGGGAAUUACACCUGAAAGCUUUGUAAAGAACCCUUCAGGAAAGUCACCAUCCUCCCUGAAAAAAUCCAGACGACGCUCUACAAUUGGUGCUCGAGGCUCCCCUGAAACAAACCAUCUUAUUCGUUUCAUUGCUCAGCAGCGGAAUUUAAAGAACGUGGAGAAAUCUUUGACACAGAAUUCCCCUUUUCUGGGCAGUCCUGUACUGCAUCGAAAUGUUAAUUCUUUAAGAGAGCGAAUGUCCGCCUUCCAGUCAGCUUUUCACUGCAUAAAGGAGAAUGAAAAAAUGACUGACUUUCCCGAAGUCUCAGAGGCAGAAGGAGAAGUCACGACAACAGGCUUGACCAAAAAGGAAAGGCUUGGGCAGUGUCCACAGUUUGAGUUCUCUGCAGAUUUAUCUUCCAAACGUCGAAGGAUAUCCUCUCAGAGCAACUCUGAUGAAAAUCUCCCUGACGCAGUUGAUCUCCAGAUAUCCCGUAGAGCCACUUCUCCUAAUACAGGCACAAUGUGUGCUGUUGAAACUUCUCUUGCAGAUUUUUCUGAGAAAUCUUUUGAAUCUGGUUUAACGCAGUCUGGAUAUUUGGUUGAAGAGUCUGUUUCACUUUCAGAUCUCACAGAAGCUUCAAGUGGAGUCAAGGUUGCUGAGUGUGUAGAGGGCGAAAGAUCAAGUGUUGCUGUUUCCCUUGACAACUUGACAGAAGUGAGCACAGACACCACUCCUGAAGGCAGGUCACUGGUCACUCCACUCUGCAAGAGGGACGUUGCAUCCUCUGAGACCUUUGUACUUCGUUCAGUGCUAAAGAAACCCUCUGUUAACCUGUUUCUAGAAAGCCUGCAGGAACACUGUGACAAUCUUUGUGAUGACGGGACUCAUCCGAGCUUAAUCUCAAAUCUUGCAAACUAUUGCAAAGAACAGGCAACAGAAGGUCAAGAAAAUUGUAAAGUGCCAGCCUUUCUAAAUGUCAGGAAGAGGAAGAGAGUUACUUUUGGAGAGGAUCUAAGCCCUGAGGUGUUUGAUGAGUCUUUGCCAGCAAAUACUCCGUUGCGUAAAGGAGGAACACCUGUUCGCAAAAAGGAUUUGAGUAAUGUCAGUCCCCUGCCACUCGAGCAAUCACCAGUUCCUGCACAGUUAUCACAACCAGAUUUUGAUGACAAGGGGGAGAAUCUUGAAAACAUAGAACCUCUUCAGGUGUCAUUUGCCGUUCUGAGUCCUCUUAAUAAGUCUUCAAUCUCUGAGACUCUUUCAGGCAUUGAUACCUUUAGUUCUUCAAAUAACCAUGAGAAAACAGCCUCCCAUAAAGUUGGUAGAAUCACACGGGCCUCUAACCGAAGAAGUCAAUUGAUCACUUUUGCAGAAGAGGAGGUUUGCAACUUACUUCAUACAGAAGCUCAGCCUUGUAAAGAAAAGAAAAUUAAUAGGAGGAAAUCUCAGGAAAGCAAACACACAGAAAGAGUGCGUCCUAAAAAGAACCAAGCUUUAAAAAGUUGCAGAAAGAAGAAAGCAAAGGGAAAGAAAAGUAUUCAAAAGUCUUUAUACGGGGAAAGAGACAUCGCUUCCAAGAAGCCGCUCCUAAGUCCUAUUCCCGAGCUGCCUGAGGUCUCGGAGAUGACGCCUUCUGCCCCAGGCGCCAGAACGAUGCGUUCAGAUGAUCUCGACUCCAGUGGUGAACUUCAAGAAGCAAAGCUUCCUCGAAGGAAGCCUCAGAAGCCAGAUUUGCAGAUGAGUCAAGGUUUUAAUAAGUACGAUCUGUCUGCACUCGGCAGCUCUUACACCAAACGUUCCUCGCCGCUUAUUAACGCUACUUUAGAGCAAGAUUUAGAUAUAAAUACCAUAGAAGCUAGUAAACAUAAAACUCUUCCAAGAGCGGAAAUUAAGUCAGAAAGUGAAAAUGACCUGAAAGCUGGCUCUGAGAAUGAGAGCAGUCGUGUUUCCUGUGAUUCUGUGACCUCAAAGGUCCCGGCAUCCGAUGAUGCGGGAUCCAGUAUUAUCCUGCCGUCCCGGGAAUUGGCUGCCGCUGGCCAAAAUGUGGAAAACCUUUUUCAGAUCUUUAAAAUUUCAGAAGAUGUGAACAUAAAGUAUGAAAAGCAGGAUGACUCUGUUAUAGCUCCAGAAGGGAAACCGCCGACCACACGUGUAAUGUCUGGCUUACAAAAAGACGUCUUCCUUGACAAUAUGAAAGAAAGUACAAAUCCGAGUGAGGGUUCGGGAAGCAGCUGCGCAGAGAGUGAAAGCACUGGUAUGAACGGGGGAGGAAAGAAGCAUAGAAGACGCUCUAUGUGUUACUCUGGCGGCCAGAGUUUCGAUCCGGAAAAAAACGGAAAUCCCAAACCUCCCUACCUGGUGAGCAGCCCUGUAGAAAUUGGUUUAGAAAAUUCUGAACUCUAUAAAGAUUUAUCCGACUCCAUAGAGCAGACCUUUCAGAGAACAAGUAGGGAAACAAAAGUAAGACGGAGCACCAGGCUGCAGAAGGAUCUGGAAGAGGAAGGGCUCGUCUGGAUCUCACUUCCAUUUCCUUCCGCUUCCUGCACUUCCCAAAGAAUGAAAAGGAGAACAAUAUGCACAGUGGACAGCAGAGGCCUUGAAAGCGUGGCCCUCUGUAAAGACCCCAGGUCUUCUGGACACACCCCGAGCACGGCACCCCCCGUAUCGGGUAAAGACAGGGAGGGCUUGGCCGCCAGUGCGGCCAGUUUACCUGGGAGGAGGAGGAAGAGCUUGUGGACGUCCGCACCUGUGAACGUGAAAGGUCCCAUUCUGGCAAAAUGCUGCAAGAGAAGAAGCUCUCUCCCCCAGAGCGGAGAGAGCUCUCUAAGGGACGUCCAAGGAGUCGGGCACGUCGGGAACUAAAGCGGUAACUGGCAUUUCCUGAAGAACGUUCGGGGCCGCAGAGAAGGUAAACCCCCCCCAGCCACCCCAUGCUCAGAACAUUUCUUUCACCCCGCCUCUCCUCCCCUGUUCAAAAUUUCAAAUAAAAUCAUUUGACUUGAACCUCUCUGUAAGUAGAAGUAAGUGGGAUUUCUUCAUUCAAAAAGAAAACAUUCUCUUAAAUCUGUUCUUCUCUCCCCAAAUAGCACAUGUUUGCUGAAGGUUUCUCACUAGUACGUGUUGACUGAAGCUUUGGAGUCUGUUGGGAAACAAAAUUUGUCUCUUGAAAUUGACUCAUUGUGUCUAGAUGAGAAGACCUGAAAAAACAGAUUGAUAGGAUAAAUGGAAUUUUAUGAAAAUUGAAGGGUGAUACAAGGUUAAAAACUGCCAGGAAAUGAGAAAAGAUGUGUUUUUAAAAUGUUGCGGAAAAAGCUGGUUAAAAAUCUUUAUCCAUUAGGGAAGAUGGAAAUCAUAAGACUUUUUUGUUGGUUUAAAAUUAAGAAGCUUUAAUGACUUGCUUCAUCUAUCUCAAAUGAAUAUUUUUAUAUUAAUAGGUUAAAAUCAAAAUUGGAAAAUUCAUUUAGUAACCAGAAUAUUACAAGUCAAACAUUAUAAACUGAGUAUAUAUAGUCUAUAAAUAACUAAGGUGAAAAUAUUUUGUCUUUCAAACAAGAUUCUUAUAUGCCCUGUGGGGCGGGAGGUGCAGGAUUGGUUUUGGGGGAAAACAGAGCAGUGUAGUUAAAUCAUCCUCCAGAUCAUUCCAAUUAGUCACAUUUAGGAUUUAUUCCAAGAAAUCCCAAAUUAGUAAUUUGGUAUUUAAUUCAUGCUUCUCCAUUAAAAAAAAUUUUUUUUUUUUUUUUUUUUUUUAAAUCUAGAAAUUUCCUACGAAAGGGCCUUGCAAAAUUUGUUUACUAACAUGAAGCAUGGUGGGAGGUGGCCGAUUUCUUUUUUAACGUGGUGUUUUGCCAGCAGUUUUCUGCAUUUCACGAUGUCGAGUACCAUCCCUGGUCUCGGAUUCUCCAGUUACAUUUCAGCAGUAUCCUCCGCUGCUUUGAUGACAGCAGUUUGAAAAUCUAAAUUGCUAUAUAUCUGGACUUUGGGAGUGCGCAUAAAUCAUUGUAUCGUUAAACAAUUGUCUUUGAAAUCCUCUAAAUCAUUAAACUCUCCCUCUCCAUGAUAGCAGAAACAUGUUAACAAAUAGAGCGCUCUAUAAAUAACACAACAGGGAAGAAAGCUCCCGCUGAGUGCCCAUUUCCCCUGCCUUAGAUACAGACUAUUUGUUACCUUCUUGGCACCAAUAGGUCUGGAACUCCUGCUGCUAAAGACUAAAUGUAUUUUACAUUAACACUCAAAGUGAUCCCCAAUUUCUUCUGCUAAAGGGUGGAUUGUUUAAAAAAUUCUUUUAUCUUUACACAUAAAUUAUUUAUGGACUUUUCCCCCCCCCCCCCCCCCCCCCAUUACAGUUCGGUAUGGUUGGCAAAUCUCUACCAGUGAAAACAAACCAAAAAAUACGAAAACAAAAACAAAAAAUCUACUUACUACUUAUGAAGCUUUUCGGUCUUGGUAAUUUAAAAAGAAAAAAAAAAACUUUCAGAACCAUACGACGUGAAGGGUUUUUAAAAACUUGUUCUCCUUUGUCGAAUGUGAAGGCUAUAAAACUACUGAUUGUUAUUUUCUCCUUUUUACUGUAGGUAUGAUCUCUGUUGUAUUUGAAUUUGAAGAAUUUCACAUGCUUUGUUUUAUUUCUCAAAAUGUGCUAAUGAUCUGUGGCGGGUUUUGGCUUAAGUUUUCAAAUGUAAAAUUCUCGUUUUGUAGCAUCUCCAUUUAAAAAUGUACAUACUUUACAAGUUUUGUUGGUUUCAGAAUGUUUCAGCAUAACUGUUUUGUUGAUAUUUGUAAAUAACAAAGAGGAAGUUUUCCUAAAAAAGAAGAGGUCUGAGAAACCAAAGCAAUUUGGACAUGAUCUUAUCCACUGUCUCAUUUGUAGCCUACGUUUUGUGAGGAGUUAAUCAUUUCAAAUUAAGUAUUUGUUCCUGCUUGCUUGUUUUUAGCUAUUUCUUUCAUUAAUGGCUAAAUCAGAAACAGGGCUUCAGUAGUUUGCCCUUGCCUUAUCUUUUACUGCAGUAACCCUUGACAUUUUGGCUUAAAAAGUCCGUGAAUCUUUCCCUGCUGCUGUAGAUCCUUGUUUGUUCCAGAAGAUGGCAGCAUGACAUCUGUAUACAUUACCUUUAAAGCCCAGGCAGCCCUUCAUUGUUGUUGCGGGUGUUUCUCUUUAACUGUUAUUUUCACUCAUUCUUAUCACGAGAGUACUAUGUGUCUAGUGAAGAAAGUAGAGAACUGUACACAAUUAAAUACUGUUCAUUCCCCUGGUGCAAGCAUCCUACAGCCACACCUUCCUCUUCCCAGCUUUCUGUGUAAACACCCUUAACAACUGGCCUGUAAGUCUUCCAGAUCUUUGCCUGUGUAAACACGAGUAUAGGUUUUGUUGUUUUCCGAUGGGCUCGCUGUACUGUGCCAUUCUGCAGCUGAAUUUUUGUAUUCAACAAAAUACCCAGUACACUUCGGUGUUAGUACGGAGAUCCUUAGCUCUCCUUCAGUUGUAUCUUCUGAAUAUCUAGUAUUUAGUUAGCCGUCUGCUUCCUAAAGGAUGCUAGUUGUCUCCACUUUAUUGUUACUGAAAAUAAUGCCACAGUGGGCUUGUGUGAAAACGUCCGUAAGGUAAAUUCCUUGAAAUUAAAACUAAAUGGGCAUCAAGUUACGUCCUGUAGUUCAUACCUGAUAAAGUCCUUUUAUAAGGAUUUUGGCAUCGACCCUUACCUUCUGUUAGACUCUUCUCCUGCCACUUUGCUUCCAUUUUCUCUCGCUGCCCCCACUGGCACGUAAGCUGUGGCAUUGAGGGUGAGGAAUGCCUCAUUCAUGCUUCAGAUUGAAAGAAAUUUUUUUUUUAAUGUUUAUUUUAUUUUUGAGAAAGAGAGAGAGAGAGAAGAAGACACAGAAUCUGAAGCAGGCUGUAGGCCCUGAGCUAUCAGCACAGAGCCCGACGCGCGGCUGCAACCCACGAACUGUGAGAUCAUGACCUGAGCCGAAGUCAGACGCUUAACCAACUGGGCUACCCAGGCACCCCGAAGGAAUUUUUUUUGAAGCCAGGUUUAUUGACGUGUAAUUAACUGUAGUAACCUGCAGUGAAGCUUACCUUUUUUAAAUGCACAGUUUGAAUGUUGGCAAAUUCAUGCUGUCAUAUAACCGCUACCAAAGUAACGGUACGCUUCCGUCACCCAAGAAGACUUCCUCUUACCUCUUUGUGGUCAGUCCUCCUCCCUCAACCCCUUAUCGGAUUUCUGUCCUUUGUCUAGUUUUGCUUUUUCCACACUGUCCUAUAAAUGGAUAGAAGAGUUCUCUCCUUUUGGAUCUGUCCUUUUGGAAAUUUAGCAGAAUGCUUUAGAUGUUCAUCCAUGUUUGAUGUCCCAAGUACUUGAUUCCUGUUUAUUGCUAAGUACUAUUGUUUAAUGGAUGUACCGAGUUUCUUUACUCAUUCACCAGUCAGUGGGUAUUUUUGCAUUGUUUGGUUUUAGACUAUUACAAAUAAAGCUGCUAUAAACAUUCACAUGUGGAUUUUUUUUUUUUUUUUUUUAUAGACAUGUUUUCAUUCCUCUUGGGUAAAUACCUAGGAGUGGGGAUUCCUGGCAUGUAUGGUUGGGAUAUGUUCAACAUUUUGAGAAACCGCCAGGCUUUUCCACAGCGGCUGCACCUCUGUGUAUUCUCACCUGUAGCACGGUCGGUGCUCUGCAUUUUCACCAGCACCUGAUGUCGCCUGCCGUUUCCAUUUAAGGCCUUCCGAUAUCUGCGCGGUAGUGGCUCAUUGUGGUCUUGAUGUAUAUUUCCCUAAUGACUAGUCAUGUAGAACAUCCCUUUUUGGGCUUAUUUGCCAUCCUUAUAUCCUCUUUAGUGAAGCAUCUAUUCACAUUUCUUGCCCACCUUUUUUUUUUGUAGCUGUUGAUGUUUUCCUAUUGAGUGAAAGAGUUCUGUGUAUAUUUGGAUACAGAUUCUUUAUUGGCUAUGUGUCUUGCAAAUAUUUUUUUCCCCUCUCCGUGUCUUGCUUGUCUUUAUUUUCUUAGCAGUGCCUUUUAACUUUGGUGUAAUCUAAGUUAGCAGUUGUUUUUUUUUUUUUUUCUUUAAUGGCGCUUGCUUUUUGCGUUUUAUGUAAGAAAUCUUCGCCUAAUUUAAGAACGCAGGGAUUUUCUUUAAUUUUUUUCUAGAAGUUUUACAGUUUUAGCUCUCAGGUAUUAGAUCCACUUUAAUUUUUGUAUAGCAUGUAAGGUGAGGGGUUUUUUUGUUUCGUUUUUUUUUUUAAAUUUUUUUUCAUGUUUAUUUAUUUUUGAGAGAGAGAGAGAGAGACAGAGCAUGAACAGGGCAGGGGCAGAGAGAGAGGGAGACACAGAAUCCAAAGCAGGCUCCAGGCUCUGAGCCGUCAGCCCAGAGCCCGACACGGGGCUCGAACUCAUGAACCACAAGAUCAUGACCUGAGCCGAAGUCGGAUGCUUAACCAACCGACUGAGCCACCCAGGCGCCCCUGUUUCAUUUUGUUUUUAAUGGAAAUUAUUAACCAUUUGUUGAAAAGAUUAUGCAUUCUUCGUUGUACUUCAGUGACACUUUUGUUAAAAUUGGUUGACCUUAUAUGUGCAGAUCUAUUUCUGGACCUUACUCUGUUCCAUUGAUCUGUGCGUCUGUUCUAAAACCAACAUCACAACAUCUUGAUUACUGUGGAAAGCUUUUUAUGUUUGUGUCUCUUAACUAUGUUUUUUUGUGGGGUUUUUUGGUUUGUUUUGUUUUUGUUUUUGUCAUAGUUUAUGUUUCAAGUUCUUUUGGUGAGGGAGGCCAGUAGAAGCAAAAGAUUGACCUACCAAUUCUAUCUGUAGCCUACAAUUAUACCCAGACCUGCAAUACCAUUUGGAGCAAAGAAUCCAUAAUAAGCUAUCAGAAAUGAAACCAACUUCCUUGAGUCCGUAUACAUUCAUCCCAGUGUUCUUGCAAACUAGUUUGCUACUGUUCAUGAUUCAAGAUGGCCACCCUGAACCACUGUGAGACUUAGUCAUUGAGAAAGCAUUCUUUUUGAACACUACCGUAUAAAAUCAGCCAGAAAACAGAGUGGAAUUAAAAUAAGGGUCAAAAACGUUUGCUAAAAAUUACUAAAUUAUACGUCUGAUUCAUUUCUCCUCAUAAAUAAGGAUUUUACUAGGUUUGGCUUUCGUAUAAAAACUGUCACUACCCUUACACUUGAGAAUUAUUUCGUAACUUGGGAAGAUUUCCCUGCAGCACCUCACCCCAGGUAGGCAGAUUGUGGAUUCAGUAAUGUGUAUGCCAGGCAUUAAUCUCUAGUGUGAUCACUGCCUUCAAGAUGCUCAGUUUUCUCUAGGGCUGAAGUAUGGUCCAAGGUGAUUGAUUACGAAGGAACGUCCUGGUCCUCUCAACCCUGAAGUGGCACCAACUUGAGAUCAGGUACAUUUGCUGUCUUUCUGGAAGAAGAGAUGCUUCAACAAAAUUCACUAACAGGAGUUUUAGAGGAAUGGGGAUCCAAAAAGGCAUAUUGUAUUCAAAUGUAAUUAUUGUCAUUGUUUUGUGAUUUUUGUAACUGUUGGCUGAGACGUGGCAAUGUAAGUUGGCUUCAUCUCCUACACGUGUUUGUUUUAGUAUUUUUCUUAACUUCCCGUUAUGUUCUAAGCUAUGAAUAAAUCUGGACAAAGCGUGGAUUCGACA